AGCUCACUCUCUCGUCAUUCACACAAACUUUGGAUUCAAUUUCAAAACGUUUUUAAAUAUUUUCAAAACAAAAUCACAUUUCAAUUGAUUUCACAAAUAAUGGCAAAAAUGAGUGAUAUUUUGAAACAGGAUUUGUAUGAACUCUUGUCCAUCACAUAUGAAGCAACUGAACAGGAGAUCAGGAGUUCGUACCGACGUCUGGCCCGCGAAUGUCAUCCCGACAAAUGUCCGGACAAUCCCGAAGCCGCCAAAAAACUUUGGGAUCAAUUGCAAGAAGCGUUGAAAGUGUUGACCGACGAGACGGCGAAGAGCGCUUACGACCGGCUAUUAAAGGCCCGAAAGGCUAACGCUUUGAGACACAAACAAUUGGAUCAAAAGCGACAGAAACUGAAGGAUAAAUUGGAUGCGAGAGAGAAGUCGGCCAAAGAAGACGUGUUGUCCGAAGCGGAAGCCGUCGACCAAUUGAAGCGAGAGAUCGAAAGACUUCGCAAAGAGGGCUCAAAACAAGUGGAGACAGAGAAUGAGAUCUUAAAGCAACAAAUAGAGGAAGAAUUGAAGCAAAAGAUUGAAUCGGAUUUAAAGAAGAGUCAACUCUUGCCUAAACUCAAGAUAAUUAGGAAAUCAAAAGAAUUUGAAUUAAGUUCUGAUAAUUUAAGCGAUUAUUUGAGUAAAUUUGGAGAAAUAAAUGGUUUGGUUUUGACGAAGAAUAAGAAGAAAGCGUUGAUUGAAUUCAAUGAUUACAAACAAACGUUAAAUGUUUUUGACAAUCGACACCAAUUCGAGCACUUGUUUACCAUUGAAUGGAUUGGAGAUAAACCCGAUAUCAAUGAAAAGACCGCAGAAACGGUCGACAUUUCAAAUACAAACCAUUUAAACGAUAUUAAUAUGAAACCAAAUGAAGACUUUAGUAACGAUUACGAGAGUAUUGUAUUGAGGAAUAUGAGGGCCGCAGAGGAAAGGAAACGAUUGAUUAAACAAAUGCAAGAACAAGACUCACAGCAAGAUUAAUGCAU